UGCCGCGACCCGCAACGGUCGCUAUCACAGCGCGCUGGUGGGGACACGGGCCGCCAGCGGCCGAGUGACGAGGAGCCCGGCGGCUUUGCCUCGCCUGCCCCGCGCAGGUUGCGCAGACGGGAGGCGACGAGGGCCAAGUGCCGCCGGCCAUGCAGGCGCUCAGGAACGCGGGCGCCUGGCUCUGGCGGGCCCGGGCUCGGCCCCCCGCCACGUGGGCUGCAGCCGCGCCGCCCGCACUGCACACCGGCGCCCGGAGAGCGCAGGACGCGGAGCCCUCGGCGGCCGCCCCGCACGGCAGCUUCAGCAUUUACCCUCCAGUUCCAGGACAGGAGAGCUCUCUGCGGUGGGCAGGAAAGAGAUUUGAGGAGAUCCCAAUCGCUCACAUUAAAGCGUCCUACAACAACACGCAGAUCCACGUGGUCUCUCCUGGCAACCAGCCCCUUGCCUACGCCUCCUGCGGCACAGAGGGGUUUCGGAAUGCCAAGAAGGGCACGGGCAUCGCAGCGCAGACGGCGGGCAUAGCUGCAGCCAGUAAAGCAGCUGGGAAGGGGGUGACCCACCUCCGAGUGGUGGUAAAAGGCCUGGGGCCAGGGCGCUUGUCUGCCAUCAAGGGGCUGACCAUGGGGGGUCUGGAAGUCAUCUCCAUCACAGACAACACCCCCGUCCCGCACAACGGCUGCCGCCCCCGGAAGGCUCGGAGGCUGUGAGGGCAGGGAGGCUGCACCAACCUCAAGUCCCACCUCCAGCAGAACCUGGGAGCAGCUCCGCCUAGGCCAUGCCCAGCAGGAAGGGCCAGGCCUCUCGCCACAUGGCCUCUGCUGGCACCUUCGGUGGCGAUCCCUGCUCCCAGAAGAGAGGCCCUGCCACCCAGACACAGAGUAGCAUGGCCCACUCUGUCCACAGCGCUGCCUCUGCCCUGACAAAUAAAGAGUGUCUGUCUGUAACAGUU